AUGUCAACUUUCCAGAAUACCACAGCUAUGUCCAUCAUUUUCCUACUAACUGGUGUUUCUGGGUUGGAAGUCUUCCACACCUGGAUCUCCAUUCCCUUCUGCUCUCUCUACAUAACCACCCUCUCGGGAAACAGCCUGAUUCUCUUUGCCAUUGUCACUCAGCCCAGCCUCCACGAACUCAUGUAUUAUUUCCUCUCCAUGCUGCCCACCACUGACAUCGGCCUGUCCAUAUCUACCCUGGUCACCAUGUUGGGUAUAUUCUGGUUUGAUGCCAGGGAGAUCAGCUUUAAUGCCUGCCUGUCACAGGUGUUUUUCAUUCAACUUUACAUUGUCAUGGAGUCCUCAGUGCUGUUGGCCAUGGCCUUUGAUCGUUUUGUGGCCAUCUCUAAUCCUCUUAGAUAUGCUUCUAUCUUAACUGAGUUUAAAACAGCACAGAUUGGAAUAGCAAUCAUCACCAGGGCACUAAUCCAGACUCCUAUGGUGUUGCUUCUUAAACGAUUGCCCUUUUGCCACAGCCAUGUGCUCCACCACUCAUACUGCUUCUACCCUGAUGUGAUGAAGCUCUCGUGCACAGACACCAGGAUCAAUAGCGCAGUGGGGUUCACAGCCCUGAUCACCACUGCUGGGGUAGACUCGGUCUUCAUUAUUUUUUCUAACUUGUUAAUCGUUAAGACUGUCUUCAGCAUUGCAUCUUUGAAAGAGAGAAAGAAAGUCUUCAGCACAUGUAUCUCCCAUAUUGGGGCUGUUGCUGUAUUCUAUAUUCCAUUGAUUAGUCUGUCCUUUGUUCACAGAUUUGGAAGGGCCCCACCUUAUGUACAUAUCCUGGUUGCCAAUACCUACCUGUAUCCCCCUGUGCUGAACCCCAUCAUCUACAGUGUGAAGACCAAACAGAUACGCAGAGCUGUGCUGAAAGUUCUCCAUCCCAGUGCAACAAAAGAAUAG